AUGGACAUUUUUAGUGAAUUUAUUGACAUGGACUUCCCUUCAGUCCACGUCCCUCCUUCAACUGACAAUAUAAAAUUCGGCAACCCUCUGCCAAAUACUACUCCUUCUACAAUCAAAGUAGAUCCAAGCUACCUUUCCAUUGCUCCAGAGAAUUUAGCGUAUUCUUUACGCAUUGGCAAAUUGCCUGCAUACUCCAGAGUAGAGACACAGAUUAAAUUGGAAUUGCAGCUUCACACAACAAACCCUUCAGCUCCAGCUUUCAAUCACCUUAAACUUGCUCAAGAUUUAGUUAGCAAAAACAAAUACUGUUUGGCUGAAGAACUUCCAGCAUCAUUACAGCCUACCACUCUUUUCUUGGAUGCAUAUGUCUUAACAAGUGACUUACAAAACUCAUGUCAGAUAUGUGAACGUUGUACUGAAAGAGAAAGAAAAAGAUCUUCAAGAGGAACCAAAUCAUCUGGUAAGAUGUGGGAUAGUGACCAGCCUAAGAAGGCAAUUAUAUUUAAUUCCAAAGAAUUGGUUCCAUUAACUGUUGUUCCUGGAUGUGAUUUAAAAUUUGAUUUGUCUGCAAGAAUAAUUUGUUACUGUAGACACCACAAGGAACUGGAGGGGUUUAAAAUUCUUAUUGUGUUGAAGGACUUCACUGGUAAUGUUGUUGCUAAACAAGUUACUACUCCUAUUUUGAUUAUGGAUAGAAAGAAAUCUGCUACUAGUCCACCUAACACAAGUAAGACAGUACUUCCUGAAUCGGGUGGGGAAAUCUUCCAUCAGCUCUCUCCUCCAGAGUCAGCAUCGGCAUCUGAAGAACCUACAUUUAAAAAGGCACGUCUUUCGAAUACAACAGAUGCUACAAGUCCGUUUAGUGAUACUUCCACUUCAAUCAAUCGUCAAUACUCGUCAUUGAGUUUACACAAUCAACAGUUUCAAUUUACAUCGCCUAGUCAGCAACCACAUUUCCCAACUCCAAUGAUUCAGAAAAUUAUUCCGCAACAAGGUCUGAUUAGAGGAGGUAUUGAAGUGACAAUCUUGGGAUGCAACUUUCGUCCCGGUUUACUGGUUAAAUUUGGUGUCAAUCAAGCCUUGGCUACCCAUUGUUGGUCAGAAACUACCAUCGUGACUUACUUACCACCAGCCGCUCAACCGGGUCAGGUUUUGGUUAGUUUUGAGAAUCAAGAUACUAAUGUUAUGUAUGGCGGUCCACAACAGCAACAAGUGUUCACCUAUACUGAUGAUACCGAUAGACAGUUGAUUGAAUUGGCAUUGCAAAUUGUUGGAUUGAAGAUGAAUGGUAAAUUGGAUGAUGCUAAAAACAUUGCCAGGAGAAUAGUUGGUACUGAUGCCACUUCCAAUAACAACAGUAAUUAUGUAUCGUCGACAACUUCUCCGAAUACUAGUGAGUGGUUUGAUUCUGAUAAUAAGAAUCUUGCCAAAUUGAAUAAGUUGGUGGAAUUCUUCGAAUCCAGAACCAAUAAUGAUGCUGAUUUGAAGAAAUGGUCAAGUAUGAAGACGUCAGAAAUCUUUGGCGAAGAGGAAGAAGAAUACUUUGCUGAUAGUGAAGCAGUUCCGUCCUACAAGUCUAUUUUCCCAGAACCACAAAGCACAACACAAGAAGCUGAAGCUGAGGUGACAUCUGAUUCUUCUGAAGACAUGGUGGUGAAUUAUAUUAAUCAUCCACGUAAAACAGUGGAAAAUGAUAAAAUGUUGAUAUUUUUCUGGAUACCAGCCCUAGUGGCAAUUUUCACCAUAUUUUUCAUGGUUUAUGUUAUGGGUUUCGAAUUGAACAGUAAUAUUGUUUUUGAUAAGAUUGUACAAGUAAUUUCUUCUUUUAGCUAA